AAGCACCAAAGGAUAACUGAUUCCUUGCAAUCUAGGGUUUUAUUGCAGCAGCCGCGGCGUCUCUCUUCCAUCAGGUCUCAAAGGUCCUUCCGUAGCAAGCCAAAAUGACCAAGAGAACCAAGAAGGCUGGUAUCGUCGGGAAGUAUGGUACCCGUUAUGGUGCCAGUUUGAGGAAGCAAAUCAAGAAGAUGGAGGUCAGUCAGCACAGCAAGUACUUCUGUGAGUUCUGCGGAAAGUAUGCCGUCAAGAGGAAAGCUGUUGGUAUUUGGGGUUGCAAGGACUGUGGCAAAGUGAAAGCUGGUGGCGCUUACACAUUGAACACUGCCAGUGCUGUUACAGUAAGGAGCACUAUCCGAAGGCUUAGGGAGCAGACAGAGAGCUAGUCAUUUAGCUGCUAAUUGAAAUUUGAAAUUGAUAGUUUUCACUGUUCAAUAUUAAGUGAGCUUGAAUCUUGAUUUUGCAAUUAGAGAGUUGUAUUAUUGUGUACUGUUUUGAAAAUUUUGAUUUAUCCUAAGCAUUGGAACAAUAUUCCCAGUG